AUGGCUCCAAUAGUCGAGGCGACGUCUCUGCAAGCGGUCAACGAGGUGGCGGCCAAUCCGCCGCUCCAUGCAAAUGCUUCGAUUUCGCCAGCCACCGAGCCGCUUGUCCUGUAUAUUGCUCGGGUACCAGGCAGCAGAGAUGUCUUUCUGACUCCCAUGAAGCCGCGAGAGAAGGUCGUCACCGCAGAAGACGUGCAGAGUUCGCUCUACUACGUGCAUGAUUACGAGCAGCCGGAACCCAGCCCACGGCCUUCCUCGGUGAACUCGAACGCUUCUCAACUACCUACGCUGGCCGAGUUACCCAAGAAAGUACCGCCGCCUUUGCCGAAAAGACGUGCGGUACCAGCAUCACCACCAGACCGUACAAGUGGUCCGCCAUACCCAACCGAAGAGUCGAUGCCAAUGGUUCAAGCAAUGCCAACGAGUCUCGAAGUGAAUGCGCAGAGAGUUUCACGAAAGCCCGUACAUUCCAAGGGCACCAAUACUAAUGGUGUGAACUCUCACCACAGUCUACCGGUCCUUCCACCACGGCCACUGCCGACUCCACCAGAAGAACCUCCGUAUGAAGAGCCGUCGCUGCGUGCGGAUAACCUCCGCUUGCUUCGAAGAUCUUCUCAUCUGGACGAACACCAGAAUCCUUUUCAACGUGACUACAAUAGCCACCCAGAAACAAUCAAGCAAUUGAAGCUUGAAUCCCGCCAAGAGCCGGGCUCGCUCACCCUCAUCCGACGCAGCCCCGGCUCCAGUGAGCAGUGGAAUGUGGCAUCAAUCUACGAUCCGCCUGUCCUUGAGGUCAGCUCAUCAACGUUCCUGGUUCCUGCCGGGAAGAGGCGAACGAAGAAAGGCGGCACACCAUUGUUCCUCGACAUUACCAACCCGGGCUACUCACAUUUCGUCUCCAACAACUCAGCCACUCAAUCUCGGACCAGCAUCUCAUCGUCUGCAUCCUCAGACAGCGCGUCCGAGCCGGCACCAGAGGGCACUUUCCGUCGCAGACUUUUCAUGCCCGGAUCUCGCUUCGCAGAGCACAGCUACACCUCGAAUCACCGGAAGUUCGCGUCCUUCAGUAACGCGUCUGAGGACUCCUCGAUCCGUCCCACGAUGCGGGAAGAGCGCCACAGCGUAGAUUUCAGUGCCGUUGGUGAUCGGAGGAGCAAAGGUUACAGCUUUACCACACCAUGGGACGGCAGCUGUGAGUUCGUGACAACGGCCACAGGCAAGAGCCUGAAGUGCCGGCACCGGAUUGGCAACGCGGUUGUUGAAGUGAGCGAGCUGCGAUUUAAUUUGCCCGCUUCCUCACGCGACGCACCGGCACCUCUGGCGAGUAAGCCUUCAUCUUACUUUCACCGUCAUCGACAUUUGCGAUCUUCGGAUGAUGGUGAUGAUGACGAUUUCGACGGCGGCUCCUCAAUCAUGAUCACUGAGGAUGGCAGGAUCGAUCUCUCGCUCGGUCAAGAGAGGGCUGGUGGUGGAUUCGGUGGUAAGCAAGCGAAGUUGGGUAAGCUGAUUGUUCAGCCGGAAGGCGUCAAAAUGCUAGAUCUGCUGGUGGCGGCCAAUGUUGGGCUGUGGUGGAGAGCCUGGGAAAGGGCGUGA